AAUCUAUCCACCACACGUUUGUGUUAUUUUUGGAAUAAACAUUUUGAAAAACCAGACACAACAAAAAAAAAUUGUUUGGAAUCACUUUCGAAAGUACGAACGGAGGCAUUACUGUGAAAUUUUGAAAAAUAGUCAAAACCAAAUGGAUGUCCAAAUACAAAUCAGUGACACCAGUACACGUCGCUGCAGCUGCUGUGAGCCCUUACAAGAGCCAGUGAACAGUUUUUUCAAAUCACAAUGGCAGAGCGCAGAGUACUCGGUAAUAUUCCUGAUCUAUCGCUGGUGUUUCGCCACUUGGUUCGCGGUAACACUGGGUUUUAGCCUGUAUGAGUUCUAUUUCGAUGGCAAAUGGUUUAUUUAUUUUACAAAUUGGGGAUAUUUGCUCUGCACGCUGGUGGCCGUAUACAGUGUGAUACUGGUAUCGAUAUACGCCUGUGUCACAUGUCCGAAAGCACCCUGUCCACGCUGGAUGGUGAAAUCGUACUGGUAUCUACAUAUUUCCGCAUUCACAUGCGCAACUGGGCUUUCAUUUAUCUAUUGGUUAUUCAUAUUUCCAUUUUCAAGCUUCCAAUUACCCGAGGGUAUAAGUCGCAUCGAGAUUGUAAGACUCUACCGUUACUUCUUCAUAGGGCCCGAUAGUCAUAGCUGUAUUGCCCACUUUCAUAACAUCAAUUCGCAUGCAGUUAAUUCAGUAUUGAUGAUUUUAGAUCAAAUGGUGGUAGCGUUUCCUACACGCAUUAAACACUUCAUUUAUCCAGCAUUUGUUGUCAUAAUUUAUAUAAUAUUUUCCAUAAUUUAUUUUCUGACGGGUGGCGAAAAUGUCAUUGGCAAACCGUAUAUAUAUAGAAUACUUAAUUGGGGUGAACAACCUUUGUCAUCAUCAUUUGUCUCGCUUGGUGGUCUUUUACUUGUAUUUCCGAUGUGCCUUUUAGGUUAUUUAAUAUAUAAACUACGUUUAUGUUUGUGCACUAGCAAAUAUCUGGUGUAAACUAUUAGCUCAUAUAAAAAUUAAAAAGUUAUAAUACAAAAAAUGAAAUCAAU